GUCGUGUUUUAUUUGUUCUUUUUUUCCUUAUUUAUUAUUUCCGACUUGCUGCUUCGCGACCUUCGAAGCGUCGGUAUCAUGGCCGCUGCGAGGGUUCUUCUCCGCCGAGGCUCCUCCGCUGCGCGUGGCUUGCUCCCCACCUAUGGCCCUCCGACCACCGUUGCGUCCCCCACAGCGGCUCGUCUCCUCCUGGCGCAGGCCCACUCCUUCCAGUCCGACUCCGCCGCGGCCAAGCCCAAGCGCAGCAAGACCUUCGCCAUCUACCGAUGGAAUCCGGAUCAUCCCGAGAAGCCUCAGCUCCAGCAGUACGAGAUCGAUCUCGGUGAGUGCGGCCCCAUGGUCCUUGAUGCCCUGAUCAAGAUAAAAAAUGAGAUCGAUCCUUCCCUCACUUUCCGCCGCUCCUGCCGUGAGGGCAUCUGCGGGUCCUGCGCAAUGAACAUCGAUGGGGACAACGGGCUUGCCUGUCUCACCAAGAUCUCGUCCUCCUCCGGUGCCAGCACGAUCACUCCGCUGCCGCAUAUGUACGUGAUCAAGGAUCUGGUGGUAGACAUGACAAACUUCUACAGCCAGUACAAGAGCGUGGAGCCAUGGCUUAAGAGGAAGGACCCCUCGCCAACCCCAGGGAAGGAGAUCCUUCAGAGCAAAAAGGAUCGCGCCAAGCUGGAUGGUAUGUACGAGUGUAUCCUUUGCGCCUGCUGCAGCACCUCCUGCCCUAGCUACUGGUGGAACCCUGAGACCUAUCUCGGGCCAGCUGCCCUCCUCCAUGCCAAUAGGUGGAUACAGGACAGCCGAGAUCAGUACACCAAGGAGCGGCUGGAUGCUGUAAAUGAUGAAUUCAAGCUGUACCGUUGCCACACCAUCAUGAACUGUGCCCAUGCAUGCCCCAAGGGACUCAAUCCUGCAAAGCAAAUCGAGUCAAUCAAGAAGCUUCAGCUUCAAUGAACUGUCCCCAAAGGACUAUUUGUUCCUUCUAACAAUUAGCAUCAAUUUGGGAUUCAAAAUAAAAGCUCUGCACUUCCAUUUGACGUGUGGGAGAUGUCACAACUAUUUUAUUAUUUGGUACUCAUAUUGCUUCUGAUUGGCUCUUUAUUUAUCACAAACAGUCUUUUGAAUUGA